GGCCCCGAGCGUUGUUCCGGAAGUGGUCACGGGCAUCUGCGUGACGCUGACCGACUUAGGGCGUCCAGCGGUGUUUCCAUGGUGCCACCCGCAAUCCCCAGGCUCUCCGCUUCCUCUCCCGCCUGAGCGCCGGGAGCUGCGAGGCCGCCUGUGGGUCCCACCCGCGACGUCUCCGCCGCCAGAGGGAGGGGUUGGCGAUAAGGUGACGCUCUGGGCGAGUACGCCCGCGUCUCGAUGGUGCCCCGCAUCCCUGCGCGCCGUUCCGGUUCAUCCGGGCUGAUGCGGCCCCUUUAACCGGCGGAGGGCGGGACCAAGGAGUUCCCGCGAGAGCGGCGGGGGCCGGGGGGCGGUGCCGAGGCGGGGGCCCGUGGCCGAUGGAGCCCGCGAUGGAGCCGGAGACUCUGGAGGCGCGAAUCAACAGAGCCACAAACCCCCUGAACAAAGAGCUGAAUUGGGCCAGCAUCAACGGCUUCUGUGAGCAGCUCAACGAAGACUUUGAGGGACCUCCACUUGCCACCCGCUUGCUGGCCCACAAGAUCCAGUCCCCACAGGAGUGGGAGGCCAUCCAGGCCCUGACGGUUCUGGAAACAUGCAUGAAGACCUGUGGCAAGAGGUUCCACGAUGAGGUGGGCAAGUUCCGCUUCCUGAACGAGCUCAUCAAAGUCGUGUCUCCCAAGUAUCUGGGCUCCCGGACAUCAGAGAAAGUAAAGAACAAGAUCUUGGAGCUCCUUUACAGCUGGACGGUGGGCCUGCCUGAGGAGGUGAAGAUCGCAGAGGCCUACCAGAUGCUAAAGAAGCAGGGGAUUGUGAAGUCUGACCCCAAGCUUCCAGAGGAUGCCAUCUUUUCUCUCCCCCCUCCACGGCCCAAGAACAUGAUCUUUGAAGAUGAAGAGAAGUCUAAGAUGCUGGCCCGCUUACUGAAGAGCUCCCACCCUGAAGACCUCCGGGCAGCCAACAAGCUCAUCAAAGAGAUGGUGCAGGAGGACCAAAAGCGGAUGGAGAAGAUCUCAAAGCGAGUGAAUGCCAUCGAGGAGGUCAACAACAACGUGAAGCUGCUGACGGAGAUGGUGAUGAACCACAGCCAGGGCGCUGCAUCCAGCAGCAGCGAGUACCUCAUGAAGGAACUGUACCAGCGCUGUGAGCGGAUGCGGCCCACUCUCUUCCGAUUGGCCAGUGACACAGAAGACAAUGAUGAGGCCUUAGCGGAGAUCCUGCAGGCCAAUGACAACCUUACCCAGGUGAUCAACCUGUACAAGCAGCUGGUAUGGGGCGAGGAGGUCAAUGGCGAUACCACAGCUGGCUCCAUCCCUGGGAGCACCUCAGCUCUACUGGACCUCUCAGGCCUGGACCUUCCUCCUUCAGGCACCACAUACCCAGCCAUACCCACCCGCCCUGGCAACCAGGCCAGCCCUGAGCAGCCCAGUGCCUCAGUGUCCCUGCUUGAUGACGAGCUUAUGUCUCUAGGGCUAAGUGACCCCACAACCCCCUCAGGCUCCAGCUCAGAUGGUGCUGGGUGGAAUAACUUCCAGUCAUCAGAUGGCACCGAACCCUCAGCCCCUACUCCAGUCCAGGCCCCCAGCACGGACUGCCAACUACCAGCACAGGGACCUCCAUCUGCAAGCAGUGGUCUGGACGACCUGGACCUCCUGGGGAAGACUCUCCUACAGCAGGCGCUGCCCCCAGAGGCCCAGCAAGUGCGGUGGGAGAAGCAGCAGCCCGCCCCACGGCUCACCCUCCGGGACCUGCAGAACAAGAACAGCUGCAAUUCACCCAGCCUGGGGGCCAUCAGCCUCCUCCACACCACAUCCCCAGAGCCCCUUGGGCCUCCACAGCAGCCCACGCCUACUGAGCUCUCCUUAGCCAACAUCACUGUGCCCCUGGAGUCCAUCAAACCCAGCAGCAUAUUGCCCGUGACUGUGUAUGACCAGCAUGGCUUCCGCGUCCUCUUCCACUUUGCUCGGGACCCACUACCAGGCCGGUCCGAUGUGCUGGUAGUGGUGGUCUCCAUGCUGAGCACAGCCCCCCAGCCCAUCCGCAACAUUGUUUUCCAGUCAGCUGUCCCUAAGGUCAUGAAGGUAAAGCUCCAGCCUCCCUCAGGCACAGAGCUGCCAGCAUUCAACCCUAUCAUCCACCCAUCAGCCAUCACCCAAGUCCUGCUCCUUGCCAAUCCCCAGAAGGAGAAGGUUCGCCUUCGCUACAAGCUCAUCUUCACCAUGGGCGACCAGACCUACAAUGAGAUGGGAGAUGUGGACCAGUUCCCCCCUCCAGAAACCUGGGGAAGUCUCUAGGACAGAGGGCUGGGGAGAGGAGGGGGGCAGCAGGACCAGUUCCUGUUCAGCCUGGUGCUUCUCUCCUCCCUGUAGCCCCUGAGUGACUCUUCCCUCUCCCACUCUGCCUCCUCCCCUGCUGAGCCAAACCCAGCAGGAGGCUGGGCCUGGGUUUGCACUAGCUGCUGGGACCCCCAUCGCCAGUGGGAGCCUGGAACAGGGAAGGGCUACAUGCCCUGGAAGGACUCUGGGGUAAGGGAGGAAGCAUGGCCAUUGGGCCCAGCCCUGACCCUAGCCUGGGGUGGGGUCUCCCACCUGUCUCUUAUGCCUUAUGGAAAGGCCCAGCCAUAACUUGGAGGCCAUGUUGGAGCUGGGACUAUCCCAGGCCUUCUCUGUGGGAACCCAGUGACUGGGGGUGACGCCUGUGCCCCUGGCUGUUUGCACUUGGUAUGUGGUUUGGCUCUUUGCUUUUCUUUCGGAGUGGCCCUGUGGUCACAGUUGGAGGAGCUCCACCUGCUCCACUCCUGGGGACCUCACUUUGCUGUCAGGCCUCUUACCCGGCUAUGGGAACCUGAGGGCAAAGCCAGAGGAUGUGGCCCAUCCUAGAGGGCAGAACUCCCAGAGUUCUGUGCUUCAUUUGUCAGCUCCUGCUGGGGCCUCCGGUGAGUACCUCACAGCUGUCCAUCUGCCCAUGGUCAGAGAUGGGGUCAGUGUGAGUGAGAGCUGGAGUAUUUAUGAAAAUAAAAUAAUCUUUUCCUGGAC